AUGCCAACGGCCCACCUCCCAUCCGGAAUCCACCUCACCUACCGCGACUCCGGUUCCCCACCAUCCUCCACACCAGGCUCCUACACCACCCUCCUCUGCCUCCACGGCGUAGCCUUCUCCGCCUCGAUCUUCACUCUUGCGGCUCAAAUUGCACCCUCGAAAAAUAUUCGUCUAAUCACGUACUCGCAGCGGGGGUAUACUGGCUCCACCCCACUCACUUCCGAGGAAGCCGCGUUAGCGGCGGACCCGGUCGCAUGCGCGAGGGAUUACGUGGAGGAUUUGGUAGAGUUUUUGGAGUACCUGGCGAGGGAGGAGGAAGGGAUCGAGAAAGUGGUGUUAGUGGGGUGGAGUAAAGGCACGAAUCUCUGCGUUGGUUUACUCUCCCCGCUGUUCACGUCCAUCUCCUCCGAUAUCCGCGCCCGGGGCCUCAAGCACGUGAAGUCUGUGGUGUUGUACGAGCCACCGGGGAAUUUGAUGGGGUUACCGUUGACGGAGGACUACAAAGCUGCUAUGCUAGCUCCGAUCCCUGAGGGGUUGGGGAAGGAGGAGAGGGAUGGGAUUGUCGCUAGGCGAUUUGGGGAUUGGAUUGGGGGGUAUUAUGAUCAUCCGGAUGUGAGUAGUGAGGAGUAUGCAACGAAUCCGACGGGGCAUUUCACAUUCGCUGCAGACCAGGAUUGGGCGAGACAAGCGCAUGAACCGGGGAUGGUGCCGCAUGGGUUUCAUUGGCGACUCGCCUCAUUCUCUAGCGAAAUAGCAGCUAUCUCGAUAUCUGCCGCGACAUCCUCCUCUAUCCCUAUCACGUUGUUGUAUAAUCGGAGAUCGGCGGCGUAUCUGAUUGAAGCCGCGAGGUGUUGGAAGGACUGGGGUGGUAACGUAAAGGAAAUUGGCGGGGGGAAGGGGAACCAUUUUUGGUUUGUCGAGGAUGCCGAAGGAUGGCUUGAAGCGGUUACCAAGGCUAUUGGAGAGCUCGAGGGGAUGGAGAGUAGCUAG